AUGUAUGCCACCGAGAUGGAGGUGAAUCUGGUGACGAUCUCAAAGGGAAGCGUCGAAUCUGAAUCUCCAUUGAUGGAAGAUGCUUGGGGCAUCACUGAAAUGACAUCGGAUCCUGCCACGGUCAUCAACCUUUUGGCUAACAUACUUUUUUUGGAAUCACCUGCCGGAGUUGGAUUUUCGUACUCCAACACGACCUCCGAUUAUAAAACCACCGGAGAUAAAAUAACUGCAAAAGAUUCAUAUACAUUUCUGAUCAAUUGGCUAGAAAGGUUCCCUGAAUACAAAACCAGAGAUUUCUACCUCACCGGAGAAAGUUACUCCGGUCAUUACAUACCUCAACUUGCCGAAUUCAUCAUUAAAAGCAACAAGAACGCUAAUCGUACUGUUAUCAACCUCAAGGGGAUUGUGAUUGGAAAUUCAUACAUGGAUGACGAAACUCAACAAACGGGAACACAUGAUUUUUUUUGGUCGCGUUCUAUUACUUCUGACGAAAUCCAUAAAGGAAUAGUCACGAAUUGUGACUUUUCUUGGAAUGCUACUUUAUCUAAAGUUUGUAAAAAUUACAUUAAUCAAGAGUAUGACCUUGUUGGAAACAUUUAUCCGUACGAUAUCUAUGCUCCCUUGUGUUUAAAUAGAACUUCUUCAGAGAAAUCAGAAUUUGAUCCGUGUUCUCUAGAAUACAUUGAAAGUUACUUGAACUUACCCGAAGUUCAAAAAUCACUUCAUGCAAACCUCACGGGGCUUCCUGGAAGGUGGCAAGAUUGCAACGAUGAAUUGUUUGACAAUUGGAAAGACCAACCAUUUACUGUGUUGCCAACCAUUCGAAGGCUCAUGGCUAGCGGCAUUCGUGUUUGGCUUUAUAGUGGAGAUACUGAUAGUUCUGUGCCAGUGACAACAACAAUGUACGCAAUAAAGAAACUUAAUACAACAGUGAAGACACCAUGGCACCCAUGGUAUUUGAAAGGAGAGGUUGGUGGAUACGUGGUUGAAUAUGAAAAUUUGACAUUUGUGACUGUUAGAGGAGCCGGACACUUUGUGCCAAGUUACCAACCUGCUCGAGCAAUCGCACUUUUCUCAUCUUUUUUGCAUGGAAAGUUUCCGGGUUCCAAUACAACUGAUAAAGCCGUCGCCGGCUAUCGACUUCAACUACGACAGCACCUCCACUUCUCCAUACGUCACCGCACCUUCAAGCCCUCAGUCCACCAUCCCUUUCACCUGGGAAGAAAAACCAGGGAUUCGCAAACAAAUAACGAUGAUAGUUUUGAAGAAGAAGAUGUAGAAAACGAUUCGGAUUUUGCAUUCGGCCAUUUGGAACGGCAUUCUAUCUCCGCCGCCGACGAGCUCUUUGAUGGCGGCAAGAUCAAGCCAUUAAAACCACCGCCACGUCUGCAUUUCUCUAAUGAUUCACAUUCACCCCGAUCGCCCAAAUCCCCUAAAUUACGCUUCAAAGAAGCGUUGUCUCCACGGAGUAAGAAGAAGGAUUUCGAUCCUUUUUCAGAGGCAUUAAAACAAACAUCUGGUGAGCAGACUAACCCUGAGGAAAAUCCACCGGAACGCGGACGAGAACAAACGACGAAAUCCACCAGACGCAAAGCAUCUCGAUCUCUAUCACCAUUUAGAGUCUCUGAUGUUCUAAACAACCAGAAAAACUCAACAACGGGUCAAUCAUCACCGACGGGUUUAACUUGGUACAACAAGUGGAACCUCAAGAAUCUGCUACUGUUCAGAAGUGCGUCGGAGGGAAGCGUAUCAACGAGGAAGGAUCCAUUGAAGAAAUACACGAUGUUAAAGAAGAGUGAUCGUGACGUCAAGACGACGUUUAGCUUCAGAAGCACUGAUAGUGGUGGUUCAAUGAAUGUGUCGGCGGAUGACACGGCGGCGGAUCAGGAGGAGAUAGGGAGGAAGACCACCUUGCCAUACAAAUCAGGAUUAAUGGGUUGCUUAAGGUUCCAUCAAAAUGCAGGAAGCGUUCAUGAGAUCUCCCGAGGAAUCGAUUCUCUUAUGAAGCAAUGA